CCGUGGAGAGGUAUUCACGUGGCUUGAGUCUAUACGGCAGAGAUAACCAUUGGAUAACCGCACUUACUAAGUUGCGCCCAGGCUGCCAAAUCUUUCUCACUAACACUAACACAGUUCGAUCUUGCGCAUCAUGUCUGAGUACGAUCGAAUCGAUUUCGAGAUGCUCGAAGAAAAUGAUGAUGAUUAUGAUGGUCCCGACGCAUAUGUCGAUGAGGAAGAUGAUGAUAGUCUCUUGGAUUUAGAGGACCUACAGGACUUGAUACAGGAGCGCACCGGAGUCGUGGUACAGGAAUCACCUAUGCUGCCCCAAAUAUUCCUAUCGUUAUUUAACUCGCAAAAUGUACACCGGACUGACACUGGUGGUGACGGUAACAGCAGUGAACCCCGACAGCUCAGGACCAUCGGUAUCCAGGACUUGCAUCAUUUGCUGAAUCCACGUUCUCUGGACUCUCCCACUGAUUAUGAAGAAGACGACGAAGAAGAAGAAAGUGAAAACGUAGGAGAAUGGCACCAGGUGUGGUUCCCUCCGCACAAGGAACCCCAGCAGCCAGGCGUUGAGCUCCUCAUGGGAGGAGAAUUUGGUUCUGUGAGUUCGAAGUUAAGGAGCAAGAGAAACCAGAGGAACAUUUCGCAAAUGAUCCUCGGCCAGUCUUCGCGACCCCGAGGAGCAAUUUCUAGAGAGAAUAUGACUAGUGAACUCAUUCCGAAUACGAACGGAGUUGCCGUUGCAUCCUACACCGCAAAUGUUUACUGCGGGCAAUUCUCGAGAGAUUCUUCGUUUUACUACACCUGCUGUCAAGAUUUUCGUCUUCACAUCUAUGACAUGACUUCGCCUCCUUCGCCAUACAUGAAGCGACCAAGGAACCUACGUCGCAGCGCUACAGGUGUUUGGGAUGAUAGCGACUGCGACCAUGACACAACCCUCAAGAUAUUGAAGACUAUACAGGGGUCUGCUGGUCGUUGGACGAUAACAGAUUCUCAUUUGAGUCCUAACAACGAAAGAAUGAUUUAUUCGUCGAUUUCACCCACGGUGUAUAUGACAAGCACACUCGACUCAUCAGUUACUCAGACUCCCAUCAGCUUUCAGGAACCUAAUCACCGUCAACGGGCUCGCACACACUGGGGCUGGGAUGAUGAAAACUCGUUUGGCAUCUGGAGCUGCAGGUUCUCUGCAGAUGGAAAUGAGGUCGUGGCUGGUGGCAGCGGUCAAAUAUUUGUUUAUGAUCUCUUGGCUGACCGUAGGACAGUCAAGAUUAUUGCACACGAAGACGACGUAAAUAGCUGUUGUUGGGCUGACACUGCAUCGGGGAAUGUGCUAAUCAGUGCCUCUGAUGACACAUUUUUGAAAGUUUGGGACCGGCGUUCAUUAGGUGCAUCACAAAAACCGUCAGGAGUCUUGGUGGGACAUACAGAAGGUAUCACCAACGUCUCGGCGAAAGGUGACGGUCGUUAUAUCAUAUCGAACGGAAAGGAUCAGGCACUACGGUUGUGGGAUUUGCGGAAGAUGUGCAGCAGCGAGGACUUCGACAAUGGUGCUAACCGCGACUACAGGUCACGUGGAUUUGAUUACCGCUACGGUCAUUACUCGAAACCAAAACAUGCUGCACACCCGCGUGACUGUAGCGUCAUGACCUACAGAGGUCAUGCUGUCUUACGCACACUUAUCCGAUGUCACUUUAGUCCUGCUGAGACGACAGGUGGACAAUAUAUUUACUCCGGUUCGGCAGACGGGAAAAUACACAUAUGGUCGCUCGACGGACGCAUAGUCCAGGUUCUGGAUCGCUCGAAGACGUCGGCCAUGACACUUGAUCCCUUCGCGGAGGAGUGCAUACUCCCCAAUACUCGCGGUACGGUUUGCGUGCGAGAUGUCAGCUGGAACAGCAAUGAACCAAUGAUGAUGAGCGCUGGUUGGGACGGGGGUCGGUCACCGCCGAAGAGUGUUGUUGCGCGUCAUGAAUGGAGAGGUCUCUCUAAGAUGUCGUACGGUCUGGAGGAUUGGAUAGAGAAGCAGAACAUAGAGCGCAGCGAACGGGCUACGCGUACCAGACAGACAUUACGAGUUCCUGGUGCGUUUGAUGUCGAAGAGGAUGACUAGAGGAUGUCAAGAACAGGCGUGACGCCUGUGAUAUCAUACCUUCACCUGGAUAUUUACAUGUAUUGUACAGUCAGUCAUUGUAUCGCGUUCACGGUACCAAUUGUUUGACGCUUGGUUCGACCGCAUUGUUGUGGA